CACACACUGUCGUUUUGCAUUAUUUUGUUUGACGGUAGUUCAGCAGCGAGAAAGGGGCUGACUACAUUCUCCGAGAUACACUUCACAGGGAAAACAUUUAAACUGCGCUCGAGUCAGUGAAGCGCGCGACCACCAGUUCUUUCAGUACGCGGCGCGCGCUCUUCUCGUGUGCGUCACAUCAACUGCGUCUCCUUUCAGCUGAAGCUAGAAAACUUCGCUUUACUGAAAUAAACAUCUACCAGAGCGUCAAAAGAGCAUUGAAGUACGAGGAUAAGAGAACUGUAAAGCUAAAAUGGUUUCAACCGAAGACUCAAAAGAAGUGUCAAAGACAUCACACAGCAAUGGACAUCACACAUCACACUUAUUCCACUGCGCAACGACCCUCGUGUGCUUCAUGCUGUCGGCGUCGUCAGUGGCUAUCUGUCUCUUUAUGAACGUUAAAACAUCUGAACUUGAACGCAAGAUGGAAGUUUUGGAGAUGGAGCGACUAUCUGUGAUUCAACCUGUGCGCGCGACCUUGGAUGAGCACGCGACUCUGUGGGAUGCGAUAGAGAAACUUGUGCAAGAGAGACUGAAAGAUGGAGUGUCGAAGAUUCGCACAGCUCGAGAAGCAGCGCAGGAAUGCUCGUGUCCUCCAGGUCCUCCAGGAAAACGUGGAAGAAAAGGCAACCCUGGAAUUCCCGGCACUCCAGGACGGGAUGGUUACCCGGGUCCAUUGGGUAUGGAUGGCAAGCCUGGAUCUCCAGGUCAAAAAGGCAGUCAGGGAAUGCCGGGACCAAAAGGAGAUAAGGGGGACCAGGGAGACAUGGGGCCCAGGGGACCACCAGCCUACGCUGCCUCUGCAGGCCUACUCAGUAAUCAGAUUCUCACGGUUAAGGGUGAUCAAGGUCAGGCUGGGCCUCCAGGUCCUCCAGGACCUCCAGGCACACCUGGUCCCAGAGGGCCUCCAGGAAACACAGGCAGAGAUGGACCGCAGGGCCACCCAGGAGAGCCGGGUCUUCCUGGAAAAGACGGACAUGAGGGAACAAGAGGGCCUCCUGGCAUGCAGGGAAUGAAUGGUGCAAAUGGCAUGCCUGGACCACAGGGCCCUUCUGGUUCAAAGGGGGACCAGGGUGCUCCAGGGAUUGAGGGGAAGAGAGGGAUUGAUGGAUCCCCUGGCAUGAAGGGUGAAAGAGGAGAUCCAGGACCUCAGGGUUUGCCUGGAGAAAAAGGAGCAACUGGAUUCUCAGAAACUGAUGAUCUUGCUGUUCGUUUCAAAGCUCUGCAGGGGCCCCCAGGUCCUCCUGGAGAGCAAGGGCCAAAAGGAGAAAUAGGCUUAAAUGGAGCACCAGGACCUGAAGGAAAGCAGGGCCAAAAGGGAGAGAGAGGUUAUGUUGGGGAGCCUGGAGCAGCAGGAGCAAAAGGGGAACUUGGGCUGACAGGGCCUCCAGGGGCAGCAGGUCAAAAGGGAGAAAAAGGAGACUCUAGGCUCGAGGAUAAUCUAGCCCAGAUUAUCUCCUUGCCUGGCCCUCCAGGGCCUCCUGGACCCCCUGGGCCUGCUGGAUAUCAUGGAUUGCCUGGAUCCAAGGGAGAACCUGGUGAAGCAGUAAAUGGAGAAAAGGGGGAUGCUGGAGAGAGAGGUCCACCUGGGCAGAGGGGUCUUCAAGGCUUUCCAGGAUCUAACGGAUUGGUAGGCUUGCCAGGUGCAAAAGGUGAAAAGGGAAAACAAGGUGAACCAGGAUUAGAUGGUUUCCCAGGGCUUCAAGGAGAAAAGGGAGACAGAGGAGACAAGGGGGAGAAGGGCGAGAGAGGCUCAAUAGGAAAGAAGGGUCUGAAAGGACAGAAGGGAGAGCAGGGACCUCCAGGGCUUGAUCAGCCUUGUCCUGUGGGUCGAGAUGGACUGCCCAUACCAGAAUGCUGGCACAAGGAAGGGGCUUCAGGGCAAGCCAAGCCCCCAUCUCACCCCUAAAGGACACUGAAUGGGCUACAUGGAAGGAGUAUGCUUUGCCAAAGUUCAACUGGAUGUUUCAAGUGAAAGUGCUCGCCUGUAAUACAGGGAGGAAUGCGAUGUGGACGUUGCACUGGAUUUGUAGUGGUGUACAUAUGGACAAUUCUGUACUCAGGAAACUCUAUUCACUCGGUCAAUAGGAAAUGACAAUGAAAAAAUCUUUUGUUCCAUUUCUCAGUAAAUAAUACACCAGUGGAGUGGAUGAUAAACUAUAAUAACUGAUAUGUAAAGUUUUCGUUGUAAGUCUUGUCUGUUUAUAUGAACCCUCACACUGACUAAUACUUUGAUCCUUUAUUCUUCUUUUUUCUUCGUUUUUGUGAGGGAUUGUCUGCAUCUUAUUUGUGCAUUAUAUGAAGUUUGUGUAAAUAAAAUUGAUCAUUUUUACAAUUU